UCUGUCUCGACAACAACACCAACAAAUCUAAAAGCUUUUAGAUCGAUUUGGUUCCGUGGGAUUAUUGUCGGAUUAGAGAAAUCUACGAAACCAUCUUUACGGCCUUCGCGGAUUCUGUCAGGAAAUCUCUCACCGAUUUCUGAAACCCAUGUUCUCCUCGUGUUCGAGUAUGUCGCAGCCGUGCUAUGGAAAUGAAUCCAACAAUGUAAUGGAGGAAAGAAAGAUUGCUCCUUUCUCCAGUGGUACGGAUUUUCGAGCAGUACAACCUUCGGGGGGAUCAGGAUCAUCCUCACCUACUGACGAUGCCACCGAGAAUCAGUUGGUUCUUUAUGUCUCUAAGGGAAGUGAUACUGAAGGAGAAGGCCAACCUACCCAAUCUCAGCCUUCUUCUGCAUACAAAACACCGUGUCCUUCUAUCGGUGCUUUUACCGUCCAGUGUGCUAGUUGUUUCAAAUGGAGGCUCAUGCCUUCGAUGCAGAAGUAUGAAGAGAUAAGGGAACAGCUUCUAGAAAAUCCGUUUUUCUGCGAAGCAGCAUGCGAGUGGAAACCAAAUAUGUCUUGUGAUGUUCCUGAAGAUAUCUCUCAAGAUGGAACUCGUCUCUGGGCUAUUGAUAAGCCUAGCAUCGCUCGUCCACCCACUGGCUGGCAACGUCUACUGCGUAUUAGAGGUGAAGGAGGUACCAGAUUUGCUGAUGUUUAUUAUGUUUCUCCGUCAGGAAAGAAGCUUCGAUCAAGUGUGGAAGUCCAAAAGUACUUGAAUGACCACCCGCAAUACAUAAGAGAAGGAGUGAAGCUUUCACAGUUCUCGUUCCAAAUCCCAAAACCUCUGCAGCACGACUACGUAAGGAAGCGCCCUACUCGACUAAUGGAAUCCACCGAUAAUACAAACACCCCUGUAGCUACAGGAGCUAAUCCACUGGCUUCGAUAUCCCCAGAGGAUCAGAUAGCAUUGCAGCUACGUAACCCAACCGAGCCUGGACUUUACGAGUCGCCGUUGAAAAGGACAAGAACAUCAGAGCUGCCAUCCUCUUGCUCCUAUUGAUGAUCUUGACUGAACUACCUGUAGUUUUUGAUAAUCUCUGGUAUAUAACCCGUUUUCUUUCUUCGUCGGAAAUAGAGAACAUCUGUUUUUUUUGGGUCGGGUAUAUCGAAGAAACUGAGGACGUGGGUUAGCUUGUUUAUUUGUGUAUUAUCUGUUUUAUUUUGCUGUGCAAGCUAUUUUAUAGGUUACUUUUAUGAAGAGGAUGGGUCUUUUGGUACUAUUGUUUUUUUUUUAUAAAUUACUGGACUUCUCAUGAACCA